AUGGGGAGAAAGCCAUGCUCUAACGAAAACAGUGUAAACAGGGGAGUCUGGUCUGCUGAGGAAGAUGAAGCCCUUAAACGAUACAUAAGAACUCAUGGACCAUGUAAAUGGAAAGAAGUUUCUCGUCGAGCUGAAUUAAACCGUUGCCCGAAGAGUUGCAGACUGCGAUGGCGGAAUUAUCUGAGGCCUGGUAUUAAGAGAGGAAACAUUUCUGAGGAUGAAGAAGACCUCAUUCUCAGAAUGCACAAGCUUCUCGGAAAUAGGUGGUCUCUCAUAGCCGGAAGAUUACCAGGACGAACAGACAAUGAAAUAAAGAACCACUGGAUUUGUAAUUUGAGUAAGAGAUUCUUGGAGAAAGCUCCGCCAGACAACCAAAUUAUCAAGGCUCAUGACAAUUUUCAUCGUCCUCGCGGUGAAUCCAGUAACUGUAAUUUCAAAGAAGUUGAGGAUGUUUCUGGCACUGAAGAUCAAGAGAAAGCAGUCCCAUCUAAAAGUACUACAAUAACUGAAAAUUUACCACCAUCUUCUUCUUUAGUAGUUUCUGAUCAGCUUCCAGAACCAAAGGAUUCUUCUGCUACUUUUCUAGUGGAUCUUGAAAUGUACCUGAAUGAUCAUGACCUCCAAAAUAGUACAGAUAUCGACCAUGAUUUGCACCUAGCAGAAUGGAUCAAUCUAUUAAGUGGAGAUGACGGUGAUUUGCACCAAGAAGAAUUGGGUACAGAAUUCAUCAGUUUUCUGGCAGAUGGAACUCAGGAGCUUCAAGCAGAUUGGGAUCAAUUCAUGGAAGAAGCUUUGUUAUCAUCACCAUCAUGA